CUUGACCAUUUGUUCCAUAAACAUUACAACCAGGAAAAACUAAUGGGGCAUUUACACUCUGUCACAUGGGAUUACUAUGAGACACCUAACACAACAAUACAAUCUCUAGAAUAAUCCUGAGAAGACCUCUCUGAAGAAAUGACACUUGAGCUGAGUCCUAAUUAGAAGAAGUAACUCUGUAAGGAACAUCCUGGGCAGAUGAAAGAGCGGAAGAAGACCCUUAAGGUUUACAUUCUUAGAAACCUAAAGAACUGAUUGCCCAGGGUGGGGGACGGGGGGUGUUUUAGUCAAUGAGGUUGGAAAUAAAGGCAGAGGCCAAGUUAUAUCGCAGUUUUCAAUUCCUGGAAAUAAAUUUGGAUUUUUCCAAGUACAAUGGGAAUCCAUGAAAGUGCUUUUAGCAUGGUAGUAAAAUGAGGGAAUUUACAUAUUUUCAAUGUCCACACUGAUAUUCCUGUACACAAGGUAUUGUAGUGGAACAAGGCUAUUAUAUUCAUUCCAAAAAUGAGAGGAUAGUUUGAACUAAGGAGUUAGCCAUAAAGGUGAGGAAAAUCGGCAUAUUUUGAAAGUUUAAGUGUUGUGAGUGAUGUGCGUACAGCUGCUAGUAUGUCUGCUCCUGAGAGUGUGAAAAUUAGUUCCUGAAUUCAGCAAAUAAACCCCUUCCCUCUCAACUGAUCUGAUCUCUCCCCUCCACGGAGCAGGAUUGCCAGCGACCAAAAAUCAUGAUUAGGGCAAUGCUCUAGGGCUUGAUCAGAAAAAGAAAUAGCUGGAGGGAAUGCAGCGGAAGAGGGUUAGACAUGGUUGUAGGGACUUAUGGAGAUAGUGAUGCCUCAGUUGUAACCCUAAUAAGAGAAACAUGAAUACCAGAGAACAAAAGAUAAAAUGUAUUGGAUUAAAUGAAUUUUGUGUCUUAAGGUUAUAUAUUAAUAAACAUUAAAUACAAUUGGAGCCCUGGUGGGGUAGUUUGAAUCCACCAGCUAGCUGUUCCUUGGAAACUCUAUGGUUUAUUGAUACAUAGGAGGUAGUGAUAGAGAAAGUUGUAAAAUACAAUACCUGGGCUCAAUCGUUUACAUAUUCAUUAAAAGAGAUGAAACAGGCACAUAAAAAUGGAAAACAACAUGGAACCUUAUUCCCUGAGUUACAAACAAAAAAAAAAAAGCAGAGUCCUGUUUGAGUAUAUGGUGUGCAGGGUUGGAUAUUAUGUGUAAAUGAAGAUCAAAAACAAACAAACAGAAAGCCUUCAAAGAUAUAUGUGAAAUUUAAAGACAGGCCAGUUUUGGAAAGAAGGAAAACUUUGAAAGAAGGGAAUUGGUUUGAGGAAGUUCUCAGUUAAAAGAAGGGCAGGUCAGAUUAUGAUUCUAUAUUUAACUGAAUUAAAGGUCUCAGUUGCAUUCUCCCCUCUUGUAUGGAAAGAUUAAUAAAAACGUAUGGCUAUGGAUCUUAUUGGAAUGAUUAGAAUGCAAAUCUAGAAUUAUAAAUCAAUUGCAUGCACAUUUUGUUGAUUGAAUUGAUUUUCUCUGCAGGUGACUUAAUUGCUCCUGGUUUCACAACAGAUCACCCAGGAUCAGAGAAUGCAAGUGUCAGAAAGAAACUGAGAAAUUAUAAAGGCCAAUGCCCAUGUCACAAUUCAAUUAUCAAAAAGGAAAAUGCAGCCAAGGAGAACAAAGCCAUAGAUAGAAAGCAAAUUAAAAGUAAUGGAAACCAAUAUCAGUACAAUGACGGAAUUUGUUCUUUUAGGAUUUUCUGAUAUUCCCAAAUUCCACUGGUUUCUUUUUGGAGCAUUCUUAGCUGUUUAUAUGAUUAUUCUGAUGGGCAAUGGUAUCAUAAUUCUAAUAACAAGAGUAGAUCCCGCACUUCAGACCCCCAUGUAUUUUUUUCUCAGUAACUUUUCCUUCCUGGAAAUCUGUUAUGUGUCUGUCACUCUUGCUAGAAUGCUCAUGGAUCUUUGGACCCAGAAAGGAAACAUUUCUUUGUUUGCUUGUGCUACACAAAUGUGCUUUGCCCUUAUGCUUGGAGACACAGAAUGCCUUCUGGCGGUGAUGACCUAUGACCGUUACGUGGCCAUCUGUCACCCUCUGCACUAUCCUAUAGUCAUGAACCACAAAACUUGUGUCCAGCUAGUGGCUGGCUCCUGGAUCAGUGCCAUUACCAUUGAGGUAGGGCAAACAGGACAGAUUUUCUCUCUGUCUUUUUGUGGUUCUAACCAAAUUAACCACUUCUUCUGUGACAUUCCUCCAAUCCUCAAGCUGGGCUGUGGUGACAUCUUUGUCAAUGAGAUGGUAGUCUAUAUAUUUGCUAUGGUAUUUGUCACUGUUCCUUUUAUGCUGAUACUUGGGUCCUAUAACAGAAUUAUCUCAACCAUCCUCAGGUUGCCAUCAAACACAGGACGGACCAAAGCCUUUUCCACCUGUUCUUCCCACCUCAUAGUUAUAGUUUUAUUCUAUGGAUCAGCUAUUAUUACCUAUUUAAAACCCAAAUCCAACCAAUAUGAAGAAACAGACAAACUUCUCUCUCUUUUCUACACCAUUUUGACCCCAAUGUUUAACCCCAUGAUAUACAGCCUGUGGAACAAAGAUGUUACAGAAGCAUUGAGAAAAUUUCUUCCCAAAUCACUGGCGUUACGACACACUUGA